AUGCCUCUUCCUAAAAAGAACCAGGCGUCCGUCGUCGCUGGACGACGACAAGAAGAAUGCCCGAAAGCAACAACACUCUGCCCUGCUCCAAGAGGGGAAAAGGAAACUCAGCACUAUUCAGAUGGUGGGAGUGACAUUCUUGUUCCAAAGGCUCGAGACAAUGCUCAGUAUGAGAUCGACGAAUCUCGUCAACGCUCAGCCUCAGCCCUGAAGAAUGUUUGGCGCUUCUUCUCCAGUGAGUCUUCAUCUAACCCCCCAGUCCCCAAGGCCCAACUAAAGCAUGAGAGAAACUCCGAUGCUUGGUCUACCAUUGAUCUAACAAGCCCCACCAAUGAAGGUAGGUACACAGCACCGCAACCAUCGCCAUAUCCCAAAGGCCGACGCGGAAGGGCUACUCGGCUCGAUGAGUCUCAAAUGCAGCCCUACUGGAACACGCCCUUUCGUCCCGAAAGCCCAAUGCCCCCCGUCUCGGACUCAACUAUCUGGCCCUCUUCUAGCGAUUUCGAGCCCGAGAAGGAUUUGGACAUAGAGAUAAUUACCUGGAAUCGUGGGCCACGCCGGACUGUGCGCACUGUGCAUGAUGACCCACGUCAAGCAGUAGAGCACCAAGCUGCGAUCAUUGUCGAUCUUUCUACAGACGAUCCCCCAUCGGUCUCUGAAGAUGAGUCGUAUGGAGAAGAGCAAGAGGAGGAUAUUGUCGUGCAAGCAAGACGGGUGACCAGAGUAGGGAGAGCUACUCUGAUCAAAUUGCCUAAACUCAACAGAAACCAGAACCAGAGCCAAGACGUGCAAGAGAGCCGUCCGUCCUCCGUAGACCUGGCUGACUGUUCAGUUGAGAGAGAUGAUGCGCAAACUCCUGCUCGAACAGAGUCAGGGUGA